GUUUCGAUCUGGUUCGUCUCACGAACUUUGAGUCUGAGGAUGGAAGUUAUAUUGUGGAAGCCCAUUACAACCAGAAAUGGCAUACAAUGUGUGGUCCACACUGGUAUCCAGCCAACGCCCGAGUUGUUUGCAGACAACUGGGACAGCCAUCAACUCGAUGUGUAGCAGAAUUUCGAUCCAUCAAAGAUCUUCCUGAGAAAUCCAAAUCAAUACAGCAUUUGAAUUAUCAUUGUCUUGGAAAUGAAACAGCUCUACAUAAAUGUCCUUAUCAUUUUGACCGCGAUAUUCCUGAAGGGAGGUGUGGCAGUCAGCCUCGUUUUACAGUCAUUUGUGGAUCACAAUGUCCGACAUGGCGCUAUGGUAACGACUGCCUUCCAUGCUCUUGUAAUCAGAACAACACUGAGAAAUGCGAUGAUACAGGAAAAUGCACGUGCAAAGCCGGGUUUUCUGGAGAAACAUGUGACUGUCAGACUGGAAAGCACACCUGUGAUUCCAAAACCUCCAUUUGUCAUUUGGACAAUGGAAAACCAAUAUGUCUUUGUAAAAAGGGGGUAUCAGCAACACCCCAGAAUAACUGUAAAGAUUUUGGCCUGCGGUUUACUGAUAGGUCCGCAAUGGAUAAAGGAGAGGUGGAGUUUUACAGUAAUGGGACCUGGAAUCCCUUGUGUAUAUUGUACUCUGAUCCUUCAGGGAAUAAUGUUUUUAGCGUACUCAACGUUAUCUGCAGACAACUCGGACUACCAGUGGUACAUACCAGUGCAUAUUUCUCCAAAUUUAUUCCCAAAACUAAUCUGCCAGAUUACGAAAUAGCCGAGGCUUCAUGUGACGGUACAGAGACUUCUAUGAAAGACUGUAACAUAACCAUGGCGCCUGCAUUAAAGUGUAACAUAGCUCUUGGGAUUCAAUGCUUAGCAGCCUGUCCAGAGUGGAGAUAUGGAAAAGAUUGCACAUUUUGUUCAUGCAACAGAACAAAUACAGAAAGCUGUAAUUCAACCACAGGAGCUUGUAAAUGUAAAGCAGGCUACACUGGCGCCACCUGUGAAUGCCGAAAGGGAAAUAAUCCAUGUAAUAACACAGUUUCAGAAUGUCAUGCAGAAUCAGGUACACCGGUGUGUCUUUGCAAAACCAAUUUUAUUGGAAAGAAGAAUUACAAUUGUACAGAUCCCAUACGGUUAGCAAAUCAAUCAACAACUGUAACAAGUAAUGGAAAGAAAAUCUACGCUGGAAGAGUGGAGCUUUAUGUUAACGGAAGUUGGGGAACGGUUUGUGAUGACAACGCUUUUCCCGGAACUAAAAUGACCAAGGUUAUGUGUAGAAACCUUGGUCUACCAAGCAUUUACACAGAUUUUCGCAAAGAGGCAUAUUAUGGCCCUGGCAGCGGCCCAAUCCAUUACGGAUUUAUACAGUGUGCUGGUACAGAGGAGAGAAUAUCCCAGUGUUACACCUCCUCUACCGCGUAUUGUAACCAUUUUGAAGAUCUUGGACUCAUCUGUGGCGAAGAAUGUCCAGCAUUUACAUUUGGAAGUGACUGCAUAAAUUGCCAAUGUGUUCAGUCGAACACUCUCUCCUGUGAUAAAACAUCCGGGGAAUGUAAGUGUAAGCCUGGGUUUGAGGGCCAGACCUGCUCCUGUCCUAAAGGAAAUCACACGUGUGAUCUGAAAACAUCUGUCUGUGAAAAUGGUACAUGUUACUGCAAAUAUGGAAACAAAGCAACGUCAUCUUGUGUUGAGAGGCUUCGAUUGGACAAAACAAACAAUACAUUACAGUAUCAUAAAAACAACAAGUGGCAUUAUGUUUGUCAUGAUUUGACGGGAUUUUCAACUGACCGCGUCCUUUGUCGAGCAAUGAACCUACCCUCACGCGUGAUAAACAUAAAGGACGUCUACACCUCACCGAAGGGUUACAAGUUUAAGAUAGAUGAACGGUGUAGGACUCCACUUACCUCUCCCAGAGCGGAAUGUCUGAAAUUUGAGGAUAGUCCCUCUAUAUGUGACAACGGGAUCGUGCAACUUCAGUGUUUAUCAGAAUGCCCUGACUGGACCUACUUCAGCAAAAGCGAAUGUUAUGACUGUCCCUGUAAUGUAACAAACACAGAACGCUGUGACAAGAGAUCCGGAAAAUGUAUCUGUAAAUCUGGUUAUGAAGGGGAUCUCUGCAACUGUAAGACAAAUACCUGUAACAUUGAUGUGGCAUUUUGUCAAGUCAACGAAAACGGUACAAGCUGCUUAUGUAAACCUGGCUACGAAAACCGAGGAUUCAAUUGCCAAGAUUCUUUGAGGCUAAAUUCGACAAGAAAUCUGACAUCAAGUUUUAAAAACGUGGAAUACAGAAUAGGAAACUCCUGGAUAUCUGGCUAUGCUCCACGGUACUCUACUCCACAGUAUUAUGGCGUUUGUGAACGAUUGGGACUACCCACGUUCUACAAUAAAAUGUCGUCAUAUGCAGUUCCUCCUGAUACCGAAUUAGUUGAUUCUACGUGUAUGAAAGACGAGUUUUCUAGUCUUAGUCUCAAUUACACCAAGUGUGAUAAAAAAGAGGAGGAUAACUAUUUCUUCUAUCUACCUCGAGCAAAAGCUGAAACAGCUACAUGUUUAAGCGAUUGCCCCAGCUUGAUGUUUUUCAAUGCGACUUCUUUCGACUGUGUCCCGUGUAGUUGUAACAACAACAACACAAAAUCCUGUAACCAGACGACAGGAGAAUGCACGUGCAAGGCGGGAUUUUAUGGACCAUCAUGUGACUGCGUCCAAAAUCAGCACAACUGUAACAAUACGUUUUCCUACUGUACCUUUCAAGGAACAACUCCUGUUUGUAAUUGUCGAGUCGGAUUUUAUGGAAAGAAUUUGGGCUGUUUCGAAUCACUAAGAUUCAUCAGGGAUACCGGAGUUUUGCAAAUGUAUCAUCAGGGUCAAUGGAUGCUGAUCGGCUCCAGUUACAGCUGGGAUAACAAGGAAUCUAAAAUUAUUUGCACUCAGUUGGGUUUACCAUCAUUUUAUAUGUCAUACGUAUCGACGAGACGAAGUCAGACAGGACUUAUGUACAGUGAUUAUAAUAACAGGAAAAGGAUUACUUACCUAUCUUGUACAGGAGACGAAAAAGAAGUAUCCCAAUGCAGAUUUAGCACAUCUAGCUAUAUGUCAAGUUAUUCAUCAUUGGCAGUUUUGGAGUGUCGAUCAGAUUGUCCUGAUUUUCUGUAUGGCCCAACUUGCAAACGAUGCAAGUGCAAUCAACAACAGUCCACAAGUUGCAACAAAACUACAGGGGAAUGCAACUGUAAACCCGGUUACUAUGGUGACACUUGUGACUGUGUUCAGGGUUCACAUGUCUGCAAUGCAGACAUUGCUUUUUGUGGAACCCCCCGCUCAACCUGUUAUUGUAGAGAUCAGUACAAUAGAAAGGGCCUAAGCUGUACAGAUUCAAUACGAUUUUAUGGAAAAGUCAAUGGUAGUGAAGGAGUUCUUCAAAUCUACCAGAAUCGAUCAUGGAAUACAUUUUGUGACGAUAGCUUCACAAAAUAUGAUGCCCGCGUAGCAUGCAGACAUCUUAAUCUUCCGAAUCGAUACGCGGUAUAUAAAACCAGAGAGUAUGGCCAAAGAAUUCGAAACACCUAUGACCUAGGAAUUGUGUACACCUUGCAAUGUAACGGGAAUGAGACAAGUCUCUCCGAGUGUGAGGGAUUUAGCACGCACGGAUCCUACUGUUCACAUGACGAAGAUGUGUACCUGAAGUGUUUUUCUGAAUGUCCUAAAUGGACCCAUGGAGAUUUUUGUGAGAAGAGGUGUGAAUGUAACACGACUACCAGUACAUUUUGUAACGAGGACACGGGGAAAUGUAAUUGUACAUCGGGGUACUUUGGUGACUUCUGUAAUUGUAUCACUGGUGUUCACACCUGCAAUCCAAAGAUAUCAAUCUGCCACACAAAUAGCUUGGGCAAUGCAGUCUGUCUCUGUAAGCCUGGAUUUUCAGAGGACGAGUACAAAAAUGAAAAAUGUCUAAAGGAACAUGUACGGUUGGUCAAUUUGACUUCCUCCAAUCAAGGCACGGUUGAAAUAUAUCGGUCAGGGUCCUGGGGAGGAGUGUGUAAAAACAGAAUGACUAAAAAGGAUAUCCAAGUUGUGUGUCGAGAGUUUGGUUUGCCUUGGAAUUAUGCUCAGUUAAUUAGAAAUAUAGACACUUUACCAAGUUCCUACUUCAAAUGGUCUAAUAUUAAUUGCAAUGGAACAGAACAAAGUCUUCUAGACUGUGAAAGAGAAUAUGACAGCAGCACAUACUGUUAUAACGUACGUCCUGCUGCAAUAGCAUGUCCCAAUGCACCAUGGAUACAGCUGUUAUCGAAACAAACAACUAAUACAGAAACAAGUGGAAUUCUACAAGUGUAUCACAACAAAGAAUGGGGUUAUGUUUGUGGAAGUGGAUUUGGUGAAAAUGAAGCUAAAGUUGCCUGUCGUGAACUGGGAUUGCCAACGAAAUACGUGCAAGAAAAAUCUGGACGUGUAUCUUAUGGUUCCAAAACGCACCUGAAAUAUGUCAAUUGUAACGGUGAUGAGGAAACUCUGUCCGAUUGCUCUGCUGACAAUGGGAGCUAUUGUUAUGGGGAUGCCAAGGUUGAAAUCUCUUGUGAUAGUGAAUGCCCUCACAUGAAAUAUGGUGACAAUUGUGAAGAAGACUGUCCGUGCAACACCUAUAAUACAGAAUCCUGCGAUAUGGAGACUGGAGAAUGUGUUUGUAAGCCAAGGUAUACCGGGUUUUCCUGCAACUGCCAAGUUGGUCUUCAUACCUGCAACUUGAACGUUUCGGAUUGCUAUGAGGAAUCAAAUAAAGUAUCAUGCAUUUGCAAAAAAAAUUUUACGCAAUCAGAGCACAAUUGCACAGACAAUGUGCGCUUAAGUCAGGAAAAUGUCGUGCAAGUCUUUAAAGGUGAUGGUUGGUCUGGUAUCUGUAACAACAACCUGAAGUCAAACGCUUUAGUUAUCUGCCGCCAUCUUAACCUUAGCAC